CACAAAACCAACUCCUACAGGCAAUUCCAUCAUCUCCGUCAAGUCAACUCAGCACCGCCAAUUCCUCUCCAGAUACUGCAUAUUCCUUACAGCACGACACAAAAUACGCGUUCCCCCCAACCCUCGGAAGCGCCGCACCUACAUUGCAGUCCUUAAUACGAAUUAGACGCAUUCAGCAAGAUGGCGCCCCUGAGAGCGACGCGAAAACACCAGUCAGACCAGUCGAGAGACCCGACGGGAAGCCCCCAGGUUCACGCGAUGACGAGCACACCGGCGCGAAGCCCGAUCAAGAAGCGGAAGAUGGGAGUGACGCUCGCCCAGAAGCAAGCCCUGAUCGACAACUUACAGCUAGAGAUUACCGAACGCGCUCGACGGCUGCGGGCCCAGUACAGCAUCCAGGCACAACAAUUGCGAUCGCGCGUGGAGAUGCGCAUAAACAGGAUCCCGACCGCGUUACGGAAAGCCAAGAUGGGCGACCUCCUCCUCAAGGCUCUGCACCCGCAACAACCCCCCCAGCCACCCAAGCCAGCGUACGUAGCCAGACCUCCACCAGUCCCGGCCAAGGAUGCCACAACCCCCAAGCCCAUCCCGCGGAAGCCAGUGCCGGCGAGCAACGCGGCGGCGGGCCGCAAGCGCCUGAGCGGUGAGAUCUCCGACGACAAGGAGAACCAGCGGAACGACGCCAACAGCCCCAAGAAGCGCUCCCGCGUCGUGGCCGCCACCACUAAAGAGCCGGCGCCGAUCCAGCCUGCGCACGUCCUGUCACCGACGUCCUCGAACACGCGCUUCGCGCCGCGCGAGCGCCCCGCCGCGUCCCCCGCCAAGGCGGCGCUGAGCCGGCCCGGUUCUCCCCACAAGGGCCCGCCGGGGCGCCCCAACAACAUGCUGCCGAGCACGGUCGAGAAGGCAAAGGCGGCGGCGGCGAGGCCCGGAACCGCCGCCGGCGCGCGGCGCGCCCUCCCCGGCGCCUCGUCGUCGGUGAACUCGACCACGGGCACGCGGCCGCGGCAGGCGAUAGCGCCCCGCCCCGCCACCGCGGCGUCGACCCGUGGCCGGCGCAAGGUCAGCGGCGCGAGCGACGACGGCAGCGACGGCAGCACGUCAACCACGGCGACGAAGAAGGUCGGCGCCGGACGCGUCGCCAAGGCCUCUGCUGCUGCCGGCCCUGCCGCGAAGAAGGCGGCCGCGAAUGCAACCAAGCCGCCAGCAACCAAGAAGCCGCCCGCCGCCAAGGCAGGCACCGCGUCUGCGGCUACGGGGAGAGCGUUGCGGAAGAGGAAUUAG